GCUGGGGAACACGGGAAAGGGGGUGUUCUGGGAACUGUAGUAUCCAUAGAAAAGUCGCUGCCUGAUAGUGUGCUGUGGGUCUGUAGCUUGUGAGGAGAUGAAUGGGAAACGGCCGGCUGAGCCCCGCCCGGGUCGGGCAGGGAAAAAAGGAAAAAAGGAGGUCAUGGCGGAGUUUUCGGCCGCUGUCAUGGAGGAAACCUUAAAGAAGCAAGUGGCUGAGGCCUGGAGCCGCAGGACGCCGUUCCGUCACGAAGCCAUUGCCAUGGACAUGGACCCCUUCCUUCACUGUGUGAUCCCAAACUUCAUCCCAAACCAGAACUUCUUGGAAGGGCUUCAGAAGGAACUUUUGAGCUUAGACUUCCAUGAAAAGUAUAACGAUUUAUAUAAGUUCCAGCAGUCUGAUGAUUUCAAGAAGAGAAAAGAGCCUCACAUCUGUGCUUUAAGCAAACAGACUGAGAAAUUAAGCAACUUAUUCAAAGCUUCCUGGGAGCUAAGGUACAAACUCAAGACUGAUUCCCAGGCCCAAGUUCUCAGUGGUAAAAUGUUCAGCAUUGUUAGUAAUCAAGGAAACAAAUUAACACUGGAGUUAUUUUUUUACAUAUUGGGUUGGCAAAUAUUAAAAGACAAAAACCCCAUUUUUUGCAGAAAUAUAGAUACAUUUAUACACUGCUGCAAGAUGAUUUUGAAAGCUAUUACAGAUGCCUUACUCUGCCAUGAUGAUGAGCUGGAAGGCCGCCGGAUCGCCUUCAUUCUUUACCUGGUCCCUCCCUGGGACAGGAGCUUGGGAGGCACCCUGGACCUGUACAACGUUGAUGAGCACUCUCAGCCGAAGCACAUCGUCAAGUCUCUAAUCCCUUCAUGGAACACACUGGUUUUCUUUGAAGUGUCUCCAGUAUCCUUUCACCAGGUGUCUGAAGUCCUAUCUGAAGAAAAGUCACGUUUGUCUAUAAGUGGAUGGUUUCAUGGUCCUUCACUGACCAGGCCUCCCAGCUACUUUGAACCUCUAAUACCUCGGAGCCCUCACAUCCCGCAAGAUCAUGAAAUUUUGUAUGAUUGGAUCAACCCUACUUAUCUGGACAUGGAUUACCAAGCUCAAAUUCAACAAGAGUUUGAAGAACAGUCUGAAAUUCUCCUAAAAGAGUUCCUUAAGCCUGAAAAAUUUGCAGCAGUCUGUGGGGCUUUGGAGAAGGGAGAUGUGAAAUGGAGCACCCAAGGUCCCCCUAACAGAAGGUUUUAUGAGAAAGCUGAAGAAAGCAUGCUUCCUGACACACUAAAGGACUGCAUGGAAUUAUUUCGCUCUGAGGCGCUGUUCUUGCUGCUCUCCAACUUCACGGGCCUGAAACUUCACUUCUUGGCCUGUUCAGAAGAUGAAAUGGAAGACAUAAAAGAGGGAGAAACAGGCUCUGCUGCUGAGAACAUUGAAGAAGGGACUAGCCAUGGCUCCUCUGAACCAGGGAAUAAUCAGGCUGCUGUCAGCAACAACAGCCAGCAGAGCAGUAAACAGACAGGCCUAGAGGAAGAUGAAGCAAAGAAAGAAUCAAGUGUUCCCACAUGUCAGGGUGAACUGAGGUGUUGGAAGACUGGUCACUACACUUUAAUCCAUGACAAUAGCAAGACUGAAUUUGCCCUGGACUUACUUCUCUACUGUGGCUGUGAAGGCUGGGAACCAGAGUAUGGUGGCUUUACUUCCUACAUUACCAAGGGUGAGGAUGAAGAGCUGCUAACAGUGAAUCCAGAAAACAAUUCUUUGGCAUUGGUGUACAGAGAUAGAGAGACUCUGAAAUUUGUCAAGCAUAUUAACCACCGAAGUCUGGAACAGAAGAAAACCUUCCCGAAUAGAACAGGUUUCUGGGACUUUUCAUUUGUCUAUUAUGAAUGACAGGGCUGGACAAAGCUGAAAAAGAGACCCUCCCUCAGUCCUGGGAAGUCUGGAGGAGCUAGGCAUCGAGUGAAGGAGAGCUGCAAGGCGACCUGUGACACUGUUCUUAAGACUAGGUGUAGUCGUCCUUAAAUAGGGCUUAUGAUGAUUGUCCUCAGUCCAGACCUUGAGCUUGGAGCUAGGUACUGAUCUCAAUUUUUGAAAAGAAGGCUUUUUGUCUUUUUCUUUAACAUUUAGGUCUUCAUUCUCCAUAUUGACUUCUUCAGUGAAUUUUUAAAAUUUUUUGUGUGAUAAAAUAUACAUGACAUAAAAUGUACCAUUUUAACCAUUUUUAAGUGUAUAGUUCAGUGGCAUUAAGUACAUUCACAUUCUUGGGCAACCAUCGCCACCAUCCAUCUCCAGCACUUUUCCAUCUUCCAAACUGAAACUCUGUUCCCGUUAAAUAGUAAAUCCCACAGCUCCCGACAACUGCCAUUCUACUUUCUGUCUCUGAAUUGACUACUCAUAUUCCUCACAUAAUUGGAAUCACACACUAUUUGUCUUUUUGUGACUGGCUUAUUUCACUUAGUAUAAAGUCUUCAAGGUUCAUCCAUGCUUCCAGUGAUUUUUUUUUAGUAUUCAUAAAUGACUGCAGAUUCUGCCCUUCUUGAUCACACUGCCUUAGAAAAUUACAGAACCUUACAUACUGUUCUUGCUCAGCCUGUUACACCUUGUCCCAUUGGCUGUGGCUUUGUUCCACUGACUCUCCCAGUCCAGUGGACUUACGUGAUGUGUAGUAGUAUUCCCUUGGGAAAGGCCUGGUCUAAAACCACAGGGCCCCAAGAAACUUCUGGUUGAGAAAGGUGGUGGCUGCUGGUGCCACAGGUAGUCAUUCGCAGGUGUCCACUGCUUUUCCAUCCUGUUGCAGCUGCCAUGUAAUUAAAUGUUUCUAGCCUCA